GGGGCCGAGCUCUGCCGUGCAACUUUUCUUUGCCUUUUUUGAUGGGAGUUGUUGCUUCCGGGCGGCAGGUUCUGCGGGCCCGGCCGAGCCUCGUUUCUUGCGUCUGCAGAGGCGACCUGGGGCCUGAAUGCUGUCGGUCUUUAUUAUCGGUCCAGCUUUGUUCCUCGCCACCUACAGUCGCUCUUCUUGUGGAAUUUUGAGGAUAUGGGACCACUAAGCCCCAGCCUUUGACAUUUCUCACUCGGCUGCAAACAUGGAGCAUCACUGCUGCUUUUUCCCAGUGUGCCCUCUUCAGUGCCUGUAAAGUACAAGCUCCAGGUUGAAGAAGCUUCUAGAUGGAUCCUUUCCAAAUUUGGUGUCUUUUCUACAAACUCUGUGCCUCAACAUCAAUUUCUAAGUGAGCUGAGCUGUGUGAGAUUAGGAGAAUGAGUCAAGGGAAUCUCUCUAAGAAGAGGCACGUCUCAGCUUCAGCACCAGUCAGCAACGUGAAUAAGUUCUGUGCUGCUUCCAGCUUCCAUUCCACUUUGGGAAGAAAGAACACCAUCAUGUCAAACAUCACGAUUGACCCCGAUGUCAAGCCUGGUGAAUAUGUCAUCAAGAGCCUCUUUGCAGAAUUUGCUGUUCAAGCUGAAAAGAAAAUUGAAGUUGUAAUGGCCGAACCCUUGGAGAAGCUGUUAUCCAGAUCUCUUCAGAGGGGUGAAGAUCUGCAGUUUGACCAGCUGAUAAGCUCCAUGAGCUCCGUCGCUGAACACUGUCUCCCUUCCUUACUCCGAACCUUGUUUGACUGGUACCGACGCCAGAACGGAACUGAUGAUGAGUCCUACGAGUACAGGCCCAGGUCUAGCACAAAGUCUAAGGGAGACGAGCAGCACCGUGAAAGAGAUUAUCUUCUGGAGCGGCGGGACCUUGCCGUGGAUUUCAUCUUCUGUUUAGUUUUGGUUGAAGUUCUAAAGCAGAUUCCUGUUCACCCUGUGCCUGACCCCUUAGUUCAUGAGGUUCUAAACCUAGCUUUUAAGCACUUUAAGCACAAAGAAGGAUAUUCUGGAACCAACACUGGGAAUGUGCACAUCAUUGCGGAUUUGUAUGCAGAAGUGAUCGGAGUUCUCGCCCAGUCAAAGUUUCAGGCUGUGAGGAAGAAGUUCGUGACUGAAUUAAAGGAGUUGCGACAGAAGGAGCAGAGCCCGCACGUGGUCCAGAGCGUCAUCAGCUUGAUCAUGGGGAUGAAGUUUUUCCGAGUGAAGAUGUACCCCGUAGAAGAUUUCGAAGCAUCCUUUCAGUUCAUGCAGGAGUGCGCUCAGUAUUUCCUAGAAGUAAAAGAUAAGGACAUAAAACACGCGCUUGCUGGUUUAUUUGUGGAGAUUCUUAUCCCUGUAGCCGCUGCUGUUAAAAAUGAAGUCAAUGUCCCCUGUUUGAAAAAUUUUGUGGAGAUGCUGUAUCAGACUACGUUUGAACUAAGUUCCAGGAAGAAGCAUUCACUGGCUUUGUACCCACUAAUUACCUGUCUUUUAUGUGUCAGUCAGAAACAGUUUUUUUUAAAUAACUGGCAUAUUUUCCUACAAAACUGUUUGUCGCAUUUAAAGAUGCCAUCUAACAACAGUAUCAGAAAACAAAUAGAAACCCUGCAGAAUAAAGACCCUAAAAUGUCUCGAGUUGCACUGGAGUCUUUGUAUAGACUGCUGUGGGUUUAUGUAAUUAGAAUAAAAUGUGAGAGCAAUACUGUAACUCAAAGUCGCCUGAUGAGCAUAGUGUCAGCACUUUUCCCAAAAGGCUCCCGCAGCGUGGUCCCCCGUGACACCCCUCUCAAUAUAUUUGUGAAGAUCAUCCAAUUUAUUGCUCAGGAGCGUUUGGAUUUUGCAAUGAAAGAAAUAAUAUUUGAUCUUCUCAGUGUUGGAAAAUCUACUAAAACUUUCACCAUUAAUCCCGAGAGGAUGAACAUUGGCCUCAGAGUCUUCCUUGUCAUCGCGGACAGCCUACAGCAGAAAGAUGGUGACCCUCCCAUGCCCACCACAGGAGUCAUCCUUCCCUCAGGAAACACACUUCGUGUGAAGAAGAUUUUUCUUAAUAAAACCUUGACAGAUGAAGAGGCAAAAGUCAUAGGAAUGUCGGUUUACUAUCCUCAAGUAAGAAAAGCAUUAGAUAGCAUUCUCCGACAUUUGGACAAAGAGGUUGGGAGACCAAUGUGUAUGACCAGUGUGCAGAUGUCCAACAAAGAGCCUGAAGACAUGAUUACGGGGGAAAGAAAACCCAAAAUCGAUCUGUUUAGAACUUGUAUUGCUGCGAUUCCAAGGUUGAUUCCUGAUGGCAUGAGCAGAACUGACCUCAUUGAGUUGUUAGCGAGGCUCACGAUCCAUAUGGAUGAAGAACUGCGGGCGCUGGCGUUCAACACUCUGCAGGCCCUGAUGCUUGACUUCCCGGACUGGCGGGAGGACGUUCUCUCAGGAUUUGUGUACUUCAUCGUCCGUGAAGUGACCGACGUCCACCCCACGCUUCUUGACAACGCCGUGAAGAUGCUGGGGCAGUUGAUAAAUCAGUGGAAACAGGCGGCUCAGAUGUAUCACAGGACCCAGGACGCCCAGCAUGGCAUCGCUAAUGGAGGUCCUCAUCCCCCUCCUCUGGAGAGGAACCCGUAUUCCACUGUGUUCCACGUGGUGGAAGGCUUUGCACUGGUCAUCCUGUGCAGCAGCCGGCCCGCCACGAGAAGACUGGCCGUCAGUGUCCUCAGAGAAAUACGGGCUUUGUUUGCACUUUUGGAGGUACCUAAGGGUGAUGAUGAGUUAGCCAUAGACGUGAUGGACAGGCUGAGCCCAUCCAUUCUUGAGAGCUUCAUCCAUCUCACGGGGGCUGAUCAGACUACGUUGCUGUAUUGCCCUAGCUCAGUAGAUCUGCAGACACUGGCAGAGUGGAACUCCUCUCCCAUCAGCCACCAGUUUGAUGUGAUCAGCCCCUCACACAUUUGGAUAUUUGCACAUGUGACCCAAGGCCAAGACCCAUGGAUUAUUAGUCUCUCCAGUUUUCUAAAGCAAGAACACCUUCCUAAACACUGCUCCACAGCUGUGAGCUAUGCGUGGAUGUUUGCGUACACGAGGCUGCAGCUGCUGUCCCCCCAGGUCGACAUAAAUAGCCCCAUCAAUGCUAAGAAAGUAAAUACCACCACAAGCAGUGACUCGUACAUCGGCCUGUGGAGAAACUACCUGAUUCUCUGCUGCAGCGCAGCCACCUCCACCUCCCCUUCAGCAUCCGCAGGCUCCGUGAGAUGCUCUCCUCCUGAGACGCUGGCGUCCACCCCUGACAGUGGCUACAGCAUCGAUUCCAAGAUUAUUGGCAUCCCAUCCCCUUCAUCCCUGUUUAAGCACAUAGUCCCAAUGAUGCGCUCUGAAAGCAUGGAAGUCACAGAGUCCCUUGUUCUAGGUCUUGGCAGGACCAACCCGGGAGCCUUUAGGGAACUAAUAGAGGAGUUACAUCCCAUAAUUAAAGAAGCACUUGAAAGAAGGCCAGAGAAUAUGAAACGGCGCAGGCGUCGAGACAUUUUACGAGUACAACUGGUACGGAUAUUUGAACUGCUGGCGGAUGCUGGUGUUAUUAGUCACAGUGCGAGCGGUGGCCUUGAUAACGAAACGCAUUUCCUCAACAACACCCUGUUGGAGUACGUGGAUUUGACCCGACAGCUUCUGGAAGCGGAGAAUGAAAAAGACUCCGACACGCUGAAGGACAUCCGAUGCCAUUUUAGUGCCUUAGUGGCGAAUAUCAUCCAGAACGUUCCAGUGCACCAGAGAAGAAGUAUCUUUCCUCAGCAAAGCCUUCGUCACAGUCUGUUUAUGCUGUUCAGUCACUGGGCGGGCCCCUUUAGCAUCAUGUUUACGCCUUUGGACAGAUACAGUGAUAGGAACAUGCAAAUCAAUAGACAUCAAUACUGUGCGCUAAAGGCUAUGUCUGCUGUACUGUGUUGUGGCCCUGUUGCAGAUAAUGUGGGACUGUCUUCAGAUGGCUAUUUGUACAAAUGGCUGGAUAACAUUCUGGACUCUCUGGAUAAAAAGGUUCACCAGUUGGGCUGUGAAGCAGUCACGUUGCUGCUGGAGCUGAACCCAGAUCAGAGCAGCCUGAUGUACUGGGCCGUGGACCGAUGCUACACUGGCUCGCGGAGGGUGGCAGCCGGCUGCUUCAGAGCUAUCGCCAACGUGUUCCAGAACAGGGAUUAUCAGUGUGACACAGUGAUGCUCCUAAAUCUGAUACUGUUUAAAGCAGCCGACUCUUCGAGAAGUAUCUACGAAGUUGCUAUGCAACUCUUACAGAUCCUGGAACCGAAGAUGUUUCGCUAUGCUCACAAACUGGAGGUUCAGAGAACGGAUGGAGUCCUCAGCCAGCUGUCCCCGCUGCCGCAUCUGUAUUCCGUUUCUUAUUACCAGUUGUCUGAGGAACUAGCCAGGGCGUAUCCAGAGCUCACUCUUGCCAUAUUCUCAGAGAUCAGCCAGCGGAUCCAGACGGCCCACCCCGCAGGGCGGCAGGCCAUGCUUCAUUACCUACUGCCCUGGAUGAACAACAUCGAGCUGGUGGAUUUCAAACCUCUGCCUUCUGGAAGGCGGCAGGACGGCGAGGAGGAGGACUCACUGAAAGACAGAGAGCUCAUGGUGACGAGCAGGCGCUGGUUACGGGGAGAAGGCUGGGGAUCCCCACAGGCCACCGCCAUGGUGCUGAACAACCUCAUGUACAUGACAGCAAAGUAUGGUGAUGAGCUCGCCUGGUCGGAGGUGGAGAACGUGUGGACCACCCUUGCAGAUGGCUGGCCAAAGAACCUGAAAAUUAUCUUGCACUUUUUGAUCAGCAUUUGCGGGGUGAAUAGCGAGCCAAGCCUCUUGCCUUACGUGAAGAAGGUCAUCGUUUAUCUGGGAAGGGACAAAACGGUGCAGCUGCUGGAGGAGCUGGUGAGCGAGCUGCAGCUCACAGACCCCGUGAGCUCGGGCGUCGCGCACAUGGAUAACCCGCCCUACUACCGCAUCACGCCCAGCUGCAAGCUCCCCUCGGUCACCUCAGGAACUACUUCCAGUAGCAAUACAAUGGUAGCUCCCACAGACUGCAACCCUGACUGUAAGGCCCUCAAGGAGAACUUUGAAGAGAGCUAUGUGCACCUGGACAUCUACAGUGGGCUGAACAGUCAUUUAAACCGGCAACAUCACAGACUGGAGUCUCGAUACAGUAGCAGCUCCGGAGGGUCUUACGAAGAGGAAAAAAGUGACGCAAUGCCACUUUAUUCUAAUUGGCGCCUGAAAGUGAUGGAGCAUAACCAAGGAGAGCCACUGCCCUUCCCACCAGCUGGAGGCUGCUGGUCACCACUGGUGGAUUACGUGCCUGAAACGUCAUCUCCCGGAUUGCCUCUGCACAGGUGUAACAUCGCGGUGAUCCUGCUCACAGACCUGAUCAUUGACCACAGUGUGAAGGUGGAGUGGGGAAGUUACCUCCAUCUUCUCCUUCAUGCGAUUUUUAUAGGGUUUGACCACUGCCACCCUGAGGUGUACGAACACUGCAAGCGCCUGCUCCUGCACCUGCUGAUCGUGAUGGGACCCAACAGCAGCAUCCGCACUGUGGCCUCCGUCCUCCUCAGGAACAAGGAAUUCAACGAGCCCAGGGUGUUGACAGUCAAGCAAACUGCGCACUCAGAUUACACCUUCACAGGCAUUAGCGAUUUUAUACCCGACUACCAGCCCUCCCCCAUGACCGACUCAGGGCUCAGCUCCAGUUCUACCUCCUCUAGCAUCAGCUUAGGAAACAACAGCGCUGCCGCCUCACACCUCCACUCCACCCUCCUCGGCGAGGUGGGCCUCUCAACGGAGCAGGAUGGGAAAGUCAAAACCCUCAUGGAGUUCAUUACCUCAAGGAAACGAGGGCCCCUUUGGAACCAUGAGGAUGUUUCCGCCAAGAACCCUAGCAUCAAGAGUGCUGAGCAGCUCACCACCUUCCUGAAGCAUGUGGUCUCUGUUUUCAAGCAGUCAAACACAGAAGGAACACACUUGGAGCGUGAUCUCAGCGAGGUUGCUCUGCAGUCGGCACUUUCGUGUUCCUCCCGACACUAUGCUGGGAGAUCCUUCCAGAUCUUCAGGGCCCUGAGGCAGCCCCUGUCUGCAGAUAUGCUCUCUGAUAUGCUCUCCAGGCUCGUGGAAACCGUAGGGGACCCAGGGGAGGAUGCGCAGGGAUUUGUGAUUGAACUGCUUCUCACCUUGGAAUCUGCAAUCGAUACCUUGGCUGAAACCAUGAAGCAUUACGACCUGCUUUCCGCCCUUUCUCAAACCUCAUACCACGAUCCUGUAAUGGGAAACAAGUAUGCAGCUAACAGAAAAAGCACUGGACAGCUUAACCUAAGCACAAGUCCCAUUAGCAGUGGCAGUUACUUGGGCUACAGCAGUAACACAAGAAGUAACUCCCUGAGGUUAAGUUUAGCAGGGGACCGCAGAGGCGACCGGCGGCGGAGUAACACACUGGAUAUAACGGACGGACGGAUGAACCACAGCGGCAGCUUGGCGAGGACUCGAAGCCUCUCCUCACUGAGAGAGAAAGGCAUGGACGACAGGCAGCCAACUGCUGAGCCCGCCAACCUGAUGGCCACCAUCUUCUGGAUAGCGGCGUCCCUGCUGGAAUCUGACUACGAGUACGAAUACCUCCUGGCUCUCAGGCUUCUCAACAAACUGCUCGUCCACCUGCCUUUGGAUAAGUCAGAAUGCCGAGAGAAGAUUGAGAGCGUGCAGAGCAAGUUGAAGUGGACGAACUUCCCAGGCCUUCAGCAGCUCUUCCUCAAGGGCUUUACCUCAGUAUCUACCCAGGAGAUGACCGUGCACCUCCUCAGUCAACUCAUCUCCGUCUCCAAACACUCACUGGUGGAUCCGUCCCAGCUGUCAGGCUUUCCUCUUAACAUCCUCUGCUUGCUGCCUCACUUAAUCCAGCAUUUUGACAACCCGACUCAGUUUUGCAAAGAAACAGCUAGUCGAAUAGCAAAGGUCUGUGCAGAAGAGAAGUGCCCGACACUGGUGAACCUGGCUCACAUGAUGAGUUUGUACAGCACACACACCUACUCCAGAGACUGUUCCAACUGGAUCAACGUGGUGUGUCGGUACCUGCAUGACUCCUUCUCAGAGGCGACCUUCAGUCUUGUGACUUACCUGGCAGAGCUGUUAGAAAAAGGACUGUCCAGUAUGCAGCAGUCAUUGCUACAGAUUAUCUAUAGUCUGUUGAGCCACGUUGACCUGUCUGCAGCCCCGGCCAAGCAGUUCAACCUGGAGAUCAUAAAGAUUAUUGGCAAAUAUGUGCAGAGCCCUUACUGGAAGGAAGCCCUCAACAUCCUGAAGCUGGUGGUGUCCCGCUCUGCAAGUCUUGUGGUACCCAACGACAUCCCCAAGGCCUACGGAGUAGAUGUAGGGUCUCCCGAAAUAUCCUUCGCUAAAAUUUUCAAUAAUGUCUCGAAGGAGUUGCCCGGCAAGACCCUAGAUUUUCACUUCGACAUCUCUGAGACACCCAUCAUUGGGAACAAGUAUGGAGGCCAGCAUAGCGCCGCAGGAAGGAACGGGAAAGCAAAGGUGAUCGCUGUCACCAGGAGCACCUCGUCCACCUCCUCCGGCUCCACAUCCAAUGCCCUGGUCCCCGUCAGCUGGAAAAGGCCACAGUUAUCACAGCGGAGAACAAGAGAGAAGCUGAUGAGCGUGCUUUCCCUCUGUGGCCCCGAAUCUGGCCUCCCAAAGAAUCCAUCUGUCAUAUUUUCUUCUAAUGAGGAUUUGGAAGUCGGGGACCAACAGACCAGCUUGAUUUCCACCACAGAGGACAUAAUUCAAGAAGAAGAAGUUGCUGUUGAAGACAACAGUAGUGAGCAGCAGUUCGGCGUCUUCAAGGACUUUGACUUCUUGGAUGUUGAGUUGGAAGACGCGGAGGGGGAGAGCAUGGACAAUUUCAACUGGGGAGUCCGCAGGCGCUCGCUGGACAGUAUUGACAAAGGAGACACGCCAUCCCUCCAGGAGUACCCAUGUUCUAGCAGCACCCCGAGCCUGACCCUGACAAACCAGGAGGAUACUGACGAGUCCUCGGAGGAGGAGGCUGCCCUCACAGCAAGCCAGAUCCUAUCUCGCACACAGAUGCUCAACAGUGACUGUGUGGCAGAUGACAUGCUCCCCGAGCACCAGGACCUGCUUCAGUCCCAGGAUUCCGCCAGCAGCUACACCACAGAAGACGUGCUGCAAAUCAGAGACGAGACCCCCAGUUUGGAGGCCUGUCUAGAUAAUGCUAGCCGCCAGCUGCCUGAGGCAGGGUCUUGCUAUGCUGCCCAGGUAGUUCUUGACUUCACGGCAGUCCUCAAGCCGCAGCUUCCCGAGGGCUGGAACUGCAGGUGUGAGCCUCCUUUGCCAGCUCAGCCAGUGCUGGAUACAAGUUCAGUGUUAAAGGAGGAACAUGUUACAGCCUUUGAAGAUGAAGGGUCAUACAUUAUUCAAAACCAGCCGAACCCGCUAGUAUGUCAAGGAAUUCUUGAUUUAGAAGAAACUGACAUGCCAGAGCCUCUGGCCCCCGAAAGCUACCCCGAGUCGAUCUGCGAAGAGGACGUCACCUUGGCUUUGAAAGAGCUGGAUGAGCGGUGUGAGGAGGAAGAGGCUGAUUUCUCUGGGCUGUCCAGUCAGGAGGAAGAUGAACAAGACGCUUUUCCAGAAGUGCAGGCGUCGCCUCCCCCAACACCCUUUCUGUCUGCCAUAAUAGCAGCUUUUCAGCCAAUGGCUUAUGAGGACGAGGAGGAAGCCUGGCGCUGCCACGUCAAUCAGACGCUGUCCGACACAGACGGCUCCUGUGCAGUGUUUACUUUCCACGUGUUCUCAAGGCUGUUCCAGACAAUUCAAAGGAAGUUUGGAGAGAUAACCAAUGAGGCAGUGGGCUUUCUUGGGGACGGUCUGCAGCGCAUUGGUACCAAAUUUAAAAGCUCGUUGGAAGUAAUGAUGACGUGUUCUGAAUGCCCCACCGUCUUUGUGGAUGCCGAAACGCUGAUGGCGUGCGGUUUGCUGGAGACCCUCAAGUUCGGCAUCCUGGAGCUGCAGGAACACCUGGACACUUACACCACCAAGAAGGAAGCGGCCGAGCAGUGGCUAGACAAUUGUAAGAGGACAUUCGGUGCCAACGAAGAUAUGUACAGGAUAAACACCAAUGCGCAACAAAUGGGAAUUCUAGCAGAGCUGGAGCUCUGCCGGCGGUUGUACAGACUGCACUUUCAGCUGCUGCUUCUGUUCCAGGCCUACUGCAAACUCAUCAACCAAGUAAACACCAUCAAAAACGAAGCCGAGGUCAUCAACAUGUCGGAAGAACUUUCCCAGCUGGAAGGGAUUCUCAAGGAAGCUGAGGCCGCUUCGGAAAACGAAGAAAUGGACAUUUCCAAAGCUGCACAGACCACAAUAGAAACUGCCAUCCAUUCCCUGAUCGAAAGCCUGAAGAACAAGGAAUUUGUGUCAGCUGUAGCCCAAGUCAAGGCUUUCAGAGCGCUCUGGCCCAGUGACAUCUUUGGCAGCUGUGAGGACGACCCCGUGCAGACGCUGUUGCACAUCUAUUUCCACCACCAGACGCUGGGCCAGACGGGCAGCUUCGCGGUCAUCGGCGCAAACCUGGACACGUCGGAAGCCAGCUACAAACUGAUGGAGCUCAACCUGGAGAUCAGAGAGUCUCUCCGCGCGGUGCAAUCAUAUCCUCUCCUAGCACAGGCCAGAGCAGCGGGAAACGUGGCAAGCACUGGAUUCUGAGUAACUUCCAAUACUCGACGGGGAGGAAGCUGAAGAUGGUCAAGGAUUAUCAGCCGAGCACCUUUUAGGAACCCUUGUGAGUCACUGAGAACUUUGGGGCAGCACCUUCAACUGUAGUCUACUAACUUCAAACUGUUAAAAACAAAAACAAAGAAAAAUACCUAACGGCUUGACUGCUGCCUAGACUUCUACAGUGCAUACAUGAUGAAGAAAAACAAAAAAUUUUUUAAUUAACUUAUGUGAAAAAGAAAAAGGGCUAAAAGCGAUGCAUACAAGUGCACAACCCUGGAGGAAGAAAACAGUUCCAAGGAUGUUUGCAAUAAAUGGCCUCCAAGACAUUGCAGGGCAGGGGAAAUGAGGCUGGGGUUGGGGCCAAUUCAUUUUAGCUGAAGACCUGUGCCUGCAGAGCCGCUUGGAUUUCUAGCCAUCACCAACAUAACAUACAGUUGACGCUCAAUCAUCAACAUGACCACCCAUUCAGACCCAUAACAAAGACUAAUUGGCAAAAACCAUUGGGUCUGGAGUUUUGGGUUUUUUUCGGUGUUUUUUUUCCCCCAACUUAUGGGUUAAGGGUAUAUGGGAUGUUUGGGUUUUUUUGGUCUGUAUAAGGAAUUGUGUGUGUGUGUGAGUGUGAGUUGGGGUGUGUGAGUGUGUGACAGUCCUAUUUUCAAGGUGUGGGUGUCCGGUAACAGCUUCUCAGAGCAUGCCUAAAAGAGCACUGCAAGAUUAUUUUUGAAGAAAUUUUAUUUUAUUAGAUCUAACUCUUCAUAGUGUGUAAAUGUUAGAACACUUUAAUAAUAUUUUAAGACUGGGGUUUUCCCAGUGUCUCAAAAAAAAAAAAUAAUAUAUCUGUUAACGUUAUUGGACUCUGCUGCUCAGCUCUCUGAUCAGUGCUUAUGUUGAUAUUGUUGAUAACUAACCAAAGUAGAUGCCUGCAGAGACUUUUAAAGUGUAAAAUAAAAGAUGUCCGCUGCCCGUCAGCGCUUCUCAUUAAACAAGUUAACUUAUUUUACUCCGUAACGACUAUAGGCGCUGCAUAGACUAAAACCUGUAUUUUCUUGUUCCCUCGUGCCAUGCACUGUUACACCAGAGCACGUGUACAAAGCUAAAAGUUGUGGUCACUGAUGGUGGACUGUGUGUUCUGCUGGCCCUGCGGGCUGCAGACGUCAAGAAAAGAGGUGCAAACGACCUGUGUGUUUAUGCAGGACUCAACGUGUUUCAGGCUUGAAAGAACCUUGGGGCUAUGGGGGAAAAGACAGGAAGCCUGAAGACUGACUCCCAAAACACGCAAUAUACUUCUCCACUGUCUGAGUCUGUAGCCUAACACAAACUGGAUCCUCUGUCUUUUUUUUUUAACUAGCAUUUUGUAAAGGAAAUGAAUGUAGCCCCACAGCUCCUCUGAUUUGAAAGGAACACCUUGUAUUUUUUAUAUGCAUCUCUUUUCCACUGUGACUUUUAUUUUUCAAACUGGGCUCUGUGGCUCCAGAGUUUGGAAUGUAGAAAUGAAUUGCUCAGCUUUGCCUUUUCCCGGGGGCCAUGGACCCUGACAGAAAUGUAAUUAUGCUCAAGUGCGUUCGUCGAAGGCACUGGGCAUGCCGACGGACUGCUGGCCGUAGUUAUGUUUCCUGUAAGAUUCCAUAACUGGUCACAGCACAUUCAUAAUCACUGUAUUUUUUGACCCAGAUAAAAGAAAAAAAGAAAAACAAUUAUUUUAUUGGUGUUCUGGUACUGUAAAUGGUGUCCUUUAAAUUAUUAAUAACUUUUGGGCUGGGGGGCAGGCACAGGGAUGGUGUCCAAAGACACACCACACUUCACAUCCCUUCUCCCGUUUUUCUCACCCUCCUCACAUCCUUUUUGUUAAAAAUAAAAAAGCAUUGUAGCUGU